AUGCCCAGUUUAAAACCCCCGCCAUAUAAAAUAGUGAUACUAGGAGACUCGUCUGUCGGUAAAACAUCCUUGGUUCAUAGAUUUACGACAAAUACGUUUGACCAACAUACGGCUAAUACCAUCGGAGCAGCAUUUAUUACAAAAGAACAUCAUUCAAAUAACAACGCAGAAAAGAAAGUGAAAUUUGAAAUAUGGGAUACUGCUGGCCAAGAGAGAUAUAGAUCUUUAACUCCCAUGUACUAUCGGAAUGCAAAAACGGCGUUAAUAUGUUUUGAUUUGUCUAAUAUGGAAGAGACAUUUGAUAAGGCUAAAUAUUGGAUAGAGCAAUUGCAAAUCAACGUAAAUGACCAGGAUAUUCAAAUUAAACUAAUAGGAAAUAAGAGUGAUUUAAGUGAACUGCUGGAUCCAUCAGAAUAUAUUGCAAGUCUUGCGAAUCCUAUAAAAUUUUAUAAAACCAGUGCCAAAACGGGCGAAGGAAUCGACAAACUAUUUAAUGAUGUUGUUGAUGAUAUCGACGAAAAGUUCUUUACGGAGUAUUACAAAAAUCAAGAGAACGAAGCAAAUAAUUUACAACGGUCAGGUAUGAUAAAUGUUUUCAAUUCUAGGUUUGGUGAUUCUACAAAUAAUAAUAAAUGCUGUUGA